AUGGCUUCGAUUGUUUUCUUGAUUCUAACCAUUGUUUUGAGUUUCAGAAUUUCAGGAGCCACUUCUCGUGGUGGGCUAUUUGAAGCUUCUGCUGCCAUGGAGAAACAUGAGAAAUGGAUGGCUCGAUUCCAACGUGUUUAUUCCGACGAAUCUGAGAAAACGAGUAGGUUCGAGAUCUUCAAGAAGAACUUGGAGUUCGUCGAGAAGUUCAACAUGAAUACGAACAGAACGUACAAGUUGGAUGUCAACGAGUUCUCUGACCUCACCAACGAGGAAUUUCGGGCGAGGUACAUGGGGCUAGUGGUGCCCAAGAGUAUGACCGGAAUUUCAACAUCGAAUUCCACCGAAACGGUGCCGUUUAGAUAUGAAAAUGUCAGUGAAAGUGAAACCGGUGAGAGCAUGGAUUGGAGACAGGAGGGGGCCGUUACAUCCAUUAAGAACCAAGGCCAAUGUGGAUGUUGUUGGGCAUUCUCGGCGGUGGCGGCUGUGGAAGGCAUAAUGAAGAUUGCCAAAGGAGAGCUUGUAUCGUUGUCGGAGCAGCAACUCGUGGAUUGCAACAGUGAUAACAACGGAUGUAACGGAGGGAUAAUGUCCAAAGCUUUCGAGUACAUAYUCAACAACCAAGGAAUUACCACAGAAGAAAACUAUCCUUACCAAGAAUCACAACAAACAUGUGCUUCAACCACCGAAUCAACGGAUUCCGUUGCUGCUACCAUCAGCGGUUACGAAACGAUUCCAAAUAAUGACGAGGAAGCAUUGCUAAAAGCGGUGUCUCAACAACCUGUUUCCGCGGUGAUAGAUGGGUCAGGGGAAGCGUUUAUGCACUACUCAGGCGGGAUAUUCGAUGGAGAAUGCGAGACGAACAUGAGUCAUGCGGUCGCAAUUGUUGGUUACGGGACGAGCGAAGAAGGGACUAAGUAUUGGUUGGUGAAGAACUCAUGGGGAGAAUCUUGGGGAGAAAAUGGUUACAUGAGAAUCAAGAGAGACGUGGAUGAUCCCCAAGGAAUGUGUGGUUUGGCCAAACUUGCUUUCUAUCCACUAGCUUGA